AUGUGAUAUGUGAUAGUUUGGUCAUUUGCUCGAUUUCGUGUUGAAAACCAAAUAAUGGAGUUAGUCUUUGGCUAUAAGAUGUAAAAAUUUCCCUGUUUUUUAAGCUGAGAAGUCUUAACUAGCAUAUGCACCUUUGAGUGCUUGUCAAAAAUAGGCUGGUAGCUUAAGUUUUGUGAUCUUUUUUCCUAUCAUGGCUUGUUGAUCUCUGUUAUUUAUGAGGUUUUAGAUUUUAUAAACAUAAAAAAGGCGUAGAUUCCAUUUUAUGAACAUUAAUUGAAGAAGAGUGAUAUGUGAAGUGAAGGACCAAUAGUUCUGAUGUGGAAAAACUAUUUCAAGGUGGAUUUGACUGAGUGCAACUUGAUGAUGGAAGCUGUAGUUAGAAGAUGUUGUGACUGUCCUUUUUUUCCGCACCCCUCUUAUAUGAACAGUUAAAUCACUGGACAAUUGAGAAAUGCUUUUCAAGGGAAAGGCUAUAACAAUUGGGUUUCUGAGUGUCAAGGGGUUUGAGUGAGAGUGAUUUGGUAGAAGUUGUAGUUAGAUGUUAUGAAUGCCCUUUUCUUUUCACACCCUUUGUAUUUGAAUAGUUUGACUGCUAAACAAUGUUGGAAAUGGCCUUCCGGGAAAUGACUUGGCAAACUGGAUUUGUUGCUAUGACCAAUCCCGAGGAACUAAGUGAAGGCUGGUGAAUGAGGGCACUAAUGUUAAUUUCCAAAUGUGUGGUAUUUCUUUUCUGGCUUGGUCUGGUGAAAUCUUGGAAAUUGUGUUGUUGCAAGUUGAUACGUUUUCAAAACCUAUUUCUGGUUCUGACGAACCCCAGCAAGGUGGUUGGUUUCGAACAUUCACAAUUGCUGCAUACAAGCCAUACUUUGAUGUUGACACUACUGAAGUUUUGGAUAGGAUCAAAGAUUCACUUUUCCCAUUUAGAGGAACUUUUACAGAAAAAACAGCCAACAACCCAGAUCUGUAUGGACCAUUUUGGAUAUGCACCACCCUAAUCUUUGUAGCGGCCUCCAUUGGCACUUUUGUGACAUAUAUAGCACACAAGCUGCAGAAGAAAGAAUGGAACUAUGACAUAAAUCUGGUGACUUGGUCUGCUGGAGUGUUUUAUGGCUAUGUCCUUCUUGUUCCUCUUGCAUUAUAUGUAAUUCUCAAGUACUUUUCAGCACCAUCAGGCCUUGUCCAACUGUUCUGUCUUUAUGGCUACUCCUUAUUUGUCUUUAUUCCAGCAUUGUGCCUCUCGGUGGUGCCCUUGGAAAUUUUCAGAUGGGUGAUAGCAGGUGUGGCAGGGUUCAUGUCAGCAACCUUCGUGGCACUUAAUCUCCGAGCCCAUAUUAUGUCCGCAGGUGAAAGGUGGUUUUUGAUCGUUGCCGGUAUCUUUCUUUUGCAGUUGGCUCUAUCCGUUGUAUUGAAGCUUUAUUUGUUCACAGUUACUGUAUAAGAAAGAAUAUUGUUCCAUAAAGAGAGGCGAACGGGUUGUAGAUGAAAAAAAUGAGUCUUUUUGGUCUUUAUAUCCUCCUAUUCUCACAACAAUAUUUUGCUGAAAUGUUUUUCAGCAAUUAGGACCCACUUGUAUUCAUUCAUUCGUGGCAAUAUAACUCAAAUCAUUAAUGUGA